AUGCAACUGUCAACUGUUCUUCUCAACGCUCUCCUCGCCUUCAGCGGGGUCGCAGCCCUUCUCAAGGGCGAACCUGCUGCUUCCGCCAAAUUGAUCGACAUUAAUUCUGUGGGAGAAGUUUCUGAGAUUCCAGAGAGUGAAAUCGCCCCAGCUGGUAGAAAGACUGUGUUUGACGAGCACGCCUCACCCAAUCCCGAAAGGUUGAGCAGUACAAAUCCGCGGUCCGUUGUGUUUUCGACGAAAUUGCUCAAUGGAACCCUCGCUCUCAAAGGAGCGUCUCACGUGGCAUUGGUCUGGUCCUACGGCCGGUGGCUAUCGGAGAGUUAUGAUCACGGUCCGCAACCAAGUACGUAUUCAUUUGAGCAUUCUAACCUCAGAUCACUAAUGGGAGAUGUGUGGAAUAACUGUAAACCGGGUACCUUUACUACUGGCGACCUUAAGCAGGUUCUGGCUCUUGUGCUCCGAAACUGUGACCCGGCGAGAUCGGGCUGGGCAUACGUUUCGCUCGAUCAUGUUCUCGUGGCUAUCGUUCACGACAGAACGAUCCCACCGCCCCAGCCACACUUGACUUGCUAA